AUGGCGAUAAAGUUUGAUAAAUUGGAUAUUGGUGUAUUCUGCGCUUUAGCGCUUGCAGUUGUUGCAUAUCUACAAUUGGAUAAACUUCGGGCUUUGAUCUUUUCCGAUGAUUCAUCUUUGGCGGUUCAUUCGGAUUCUCGUGACAUUGUUGAGGUAUUGAAAGAAAAUAAGAAAGACUUCCUUGUUAUUUACGCAUCUCAGACCGGUACUAGUGAAGAUUAUGCUAAGAAAUUUGCGAAGGAAUUGGCUCAGAAGUUUUCUUUAAAUGUAAUGUGUGUUGACGUUGAAAACUACGACUUCGAGAACUUGAACAUGCUACCUGAAAAUGUGAUAGUGUCCAUCUUUAUCUCAACUUACGGAGAAGGCGAUUUACCUGAUGGCGCAUUUCAAUUUGAGGAGUGGUUGCAGUACUUAAAUCCUGGCGAUUUAGCUAAUAUCAGGUAUACUAUGUUUGGUUUCGGUAACUCAACGUACGAGUUUUACAAUGGCGCUGCUAAAAAAACUGAAAAGUUGCUUUCUGAAGCAGAAGCAAAGCGUGUUGGAUCAUUCGGUUUGGCUGACGACGGUUCGGGAAGUACUGACGAAGAUUACUUGGGCUGGAAGGAGUCUAUCUUUGAGGAUUUAAAGGAUGCUUUGGCUCUACAUGAACGCGAAGUUGUUUUUGAAUCAAGUUACGACUACUCCGAAUUACCUAAAGAAGUUAAUAACUCAAUUUCCUUGGGUGAGCCUAUUACAGCUUAUUUACCUGGAACUCCAUUGUCUUACAAUGAUGAUGGUAAACAAUUGGGGCCAUUUGACAGUACUCAUCCUUACGUUGCACCAAUUGUAAAUACAAGAGAAUUGAUGAAAAGUUCCGAUCGUAACUGUAUCCAUGUGGAAUUUGACCUUUCUGGCUCCAAUAUCAAAUACAGCACUGGAGAUCAUAUUGCUGUCUGGCCAUCGAACCCGGACGAGAAAGUCGCCAAGUUUAUCUCGGUCUUUGGUCUUGAUUCGGAAACUGUGUUUGACCUAAAGCCUAAGGAUAAUACAAUGAAGAUUCCUUUCCCUGUUCCUACUACAAUCGGUGCUGCAGUUAGGCACUACUUACAAAUUAGCGGUCCAAUUUCUAGGCAAAUUUUUAGUUCCAUUUCCCAAUACGUUAGCGAAACGGCUUUAAAGGAUAAGCUAAAUGCAUUGUCCAAGGAUAAGGUUGCUUUUGCAGAACAAAUUACGUCUAAAUACUUUGAUUUGGCUGAUGUCCUACUUUAUCUGUCCAAUGGUGUAAAGUGGGACUUUGUCCCUUGGGUAUAUUUGGUUGAAACAGUGCCACAUAUGCAGCCACGUUACUACUCAAUUUCUUCAUCUUCCUCGACCGAAAAGCAGACUGUUCAUAUCACUGCUGUUGUGGAAAAUUUCCCAAACCCAACUGCCCCAGCUUUAGGUCCUGUAACAGGUGUUACAACUAACUUGUUGAGGCAUAUUCACUUGACUAAGACUAAUGAAGAUAUCGCUAAAUCAACCCUUCCAGUUCAUUAUGACUUAAAUGGUCCCCGUGGUUUAUUCAGCCCUUACAAGCUUCCUGUUCAUGUUCGUCGUUCUACUUUUAGAUUACCCAGCAAUCCAGCUACUCCGAUAAUCAUGAUCGGUCCCGGUACUGGUGUCGCUCCAUUUCGUGGUUUCAUUCGUGAACGUAUCAAGCUGGUCUCGAGUCAAGAGAAUGUAAGUCUUGGCAAGCACUUGUUAUUCUACGGUUGCCGUAAUGAUGAUGACUUCUUAUAUCAUGAUGAAUGGCCUGAUUACGCUAAGAAGCUGGAUGGUGUAUUUGAAAUGGUGGUCGCCUAUUCAAGAAUACCUGGUAAGCCAAAGGUAUACGUUCAGCAUUCUAUGAUGGAAAGGAAGGCCGAACUAUAUGAGUUAAUUGAAAAAGGUGCAUUUAUUUACGUUUGUGGUGAUGCCAAGGGAAUGGCCCAAGAUGUUCAUAAAACUUUUCUUGACAUUCUGAGCCAAGGUAAGGAUAUCACUACUGAGGAAGCUUCUGAAAUCUUGAAGACUUUCAAGACAAGUGGAAAAUAUCUAGAAGAUGUGUGGUAA